AUGCAAAGCGACUCUACAAAUGUGAGUCCAGCCCCAGAUGCAUUUUUCAGCAGCACAUUGCAGUACAUACAGUUCCAGAAACAGAAAGGUGGGGUAAUGGGCGAGAAAUAUGCCCCUAUCAAGUGUGGGGUUGAGAGGAAGAACGAUGAGGAGAGCCGACGUGUGAGCAUAGUCUAUGAAAAAUGCCCCUGA